AUGAGUAGUUUGUUAUUCCUAGAAUAUGAGAGGGAUGAGAUUUCUGAUCUUCACAUUGAUGACAAUGAUAAAGGCAUAUACAAGGGCAAGGUAUUCACCAAUAAAGAAGAUUGCCAGAUAGGUUUAGCCAUAUAUGCAGUUAAGAAUAUGUUCCAUUUUAAACAAACCCAUAAGAAGCGAGACUACUUUGUUCUUAAUUGGUCUGGUGAGAGAUGCGAAUGGAGGAUUAUGGCUAAAGAACUGAGAAAUGGAUACUAUGAGAUAUGUAAAGCAUGUUUGGAACACACAUGCCCAGUUGAAACAAGGAGAAAUUACAUGAAGAAGACAACAUCUCGAGCUUUUGCUGCUGUCUUCAAAGCAAAAUUAAGCGAUCCAUCUAAAGCCCCAUUACCAAUGGACCUGCAGCAAUUGGUCCUUGAGGACCUAAAGGUGUCAGCAUCAUACAGUAAGUGUUGGAGGGCUAGGGAAAAAGCUAUAGAAGAUUUGUUUGGCUGUGAUGAAGAAUCAUAUUAUAAUCUGGCUGAAUAUUUGCAUCUUUUGAAGCUCGCAAAUCCCGGUACUGUAACAAAUAUCAAAAUAGAAAUCGAGGAAGAUGGUAGUGAAAGGUUGUUGUACACGUUUUUGGCAUUUGGUGCAUCAAUACAAGGCUUUAGUAAGCUGAGACGUGUUCUUCUUGUGGAUGGGGCACAUCUAACUGGUAAGUACAAAGGAGUGUUGUUGACAGCAAGUGGCCAAGAUGGUAACUUUCAAGUAUUCCCUCUAGCGUUUGCUGUUGUAGAUAGUGAGGAUGAUGAUGCGUGGACUUGGUUCUUUGAAAAGGUUGAACGGAUAAUCGCAGACAGCAAGACACUGACCAUCAUUUCUAACAGGCAUCAGUCCAUUUACGUUGCUAAAAAGAGGGGUUUUCUCCUUGCUCAUCAUGGAGCUUGUAUUGUCCACUUGGCGAGGAAUGUCAAUGCUAAAUUUCACAACAAAGGUCUUGCAAAACUGGUCACUAAUGCUGCAUAUGCCUUCACAAUUGGCUCUUUCGGACAAUGUAUGUACAUAUUAGAGGGAGACCGUUACAAUCUUAUGACUAGCAACAUAGCUGAAACGUUGAACAAAGCACUAUGGAAGGUUAGGGCGUCACCAAUAGUGGAGUUGCUUAAGUUUAUUAGGGAUAUGUUAACACGGUGGUUCAAUGCAUGGAGAAAAAAGUCUGCUAAACACAAAGAGUUGGUAACUCCGAAGGUUGAUAGACAAAUGACAAAGAAGCAUCAUGUCCUUCUCGAUUUGAAAAAGUGCACUUGCAAACAAUACGAUCAAGUAAAGGUCCCUUGUGGACAUGCAAUGUUGGCUGCCAACUACCAAGGUAUUCCACUAGCAACACUAGUAGACGAGUAUUAUAAGACUUCUACAUGGGCAGCUACUUACGCAAGAGUAAUCAACCCUGAAGUUAAUCCCAAUGAUCUGGGCAUGGCCGAUGAAAUUGUUAGGAGGGACAUAAUCACACCAAAGGCCAGCCGGCCAUUUGGUAGGCCACCAAGAGUAGAAAUCCAUAUGUUGGUGAAUAUCCGGUAA